CGGAGAGGGGAGGGCCGGCCAGCAGUAGUAAAGCUCGGUGCAUGCGCGGCCCCGCACAGCUAGUGAGAAGGAUUAAAGAUGUUCUUAUCACGGGUUAGGACCAGGGCUGCGGCGGACCAGCUCGGUGUGCUGCUUACAUACAGCUCCAGGAAGGGCAGGUAAGAGCUCACAUGGCACAUGCUUUCAUUUGCUAAUAUAAAAAAAAACUAUAAUGGGACAUUGGUUUCCAAAUACAUGGUUGUCACAUAGUGGCAGUGGGAGCAUGCAUUUCAUGUAUUUUUGUGUAUGGGAAGGGCCAGAUAAAAUAUAUAAUUUUUUUUCACCACAACUCCCAUUUGGCACAGCCAAUAGCUGACUGAGCAUCUUUGGAGCCUUGGCCCAGGAGAGCAACUCUGCCAGGGGUCAGCAAACACUAAUACGAUGUUUAUUUCCCACCCAGUGCACCUUGCUUUAAUAUUUAGAGAGGGGUGUGUUAUCUAGGGUCCCAUCAGCGACCCCCCUCCUUUCCCCAUUUCUUGCCCCCAACCUCUGCUUGUGAUGGCACUGUAUACAGACCAGCCAGUGCAGUGUGUGAAUUGACAAGGGAGCAGAAGUUAGUCAUUUGGGGGGCUGGUUGUGGUCUUCACUUGUGUUUUGGGGUAUGCAUGCUUGUUUAUGUAACCUGCAAGGUUAUGUUGGUUUCUGGCUGCACUGUAGUUUGCGAUGUGUUGGAGAUCUGAAAAUGAAACUUACUGUAAACAUGAGUAGAGUGGAUUUUGUGUCUCUGCAUAUUUGGAGGGUGAGCGGAGGAUUAGUUUUCUAUCGAUACAAUGUAUUUUGGUUCCAAACUUUUACCAUUUGUUUAUUUCCAUGGAACGUUGGGUAAGAGGAGCCCCAGACCUAUUUAGUCCAUAGGCAGAAAUUAACUGAUUGAAUGUAUUAUUGUAGCUACUGAGAGGUCAUUAGUUGGUAAAAUAUAACUUUAUACUUUAAUAUGAUGGGAGAACUCCGUAGUGGGGUACAACUCAUUAACAAAAGGAAAGAAAAAACCCUCCCUAGAUACACGUUCAGCACUGGGGAACUAAUCCUAGGGACCAACCAAUAUACAUGAAGUCUUUUACAUUAAUGUAUUUGUAUUAUUUAUUAUGAUCGGUUAAAUUUGCAGUUCCUAGUGUCCUGAUAGCUCACAUCAGAGACCUCCAGAUCCCCCUUAAGUUAAUUAACAAUAAAAAUGCCAUCCCCAACUAAACAGCAUCCGGACAAUUGCUGUAACCAUGGGCAACAGAGAAAUGUGUCUCUCUAGGCAUUUAAAGAAUUCUUCCUAGAACGGUCUUUAACAAUUUAUCACCUCACAGCAUUUUUUCUGUUAACCUUCUUGCUAUUUUAUAGCUUUGGGAUGUAACAAGUAUGUGAAGGACACUGCUAAAUAUUAUCAAUUUGGUCUCUGAAAUAACAUGCUUAGUGUGUGAAUACUUCACCAUUAGCUGCUAAGGCAUUUUUCUGCACAUAGAAACAGUUAUAACAUUGAGAGUGACUUGGUUGUAUGUAUUGUAGCAGAAUACAAUCGAUCCUCACUUAUACCAUUGGAAGAACGGUGUAUGUACACUUAUCAUGCUAAUUGAUGCCCCCAUAGUAUGCUAAUAUCACUCCCACUGUACUUAAAAUCUGACUAAAAAAGUUAAUUACUUUCCUCAAGUGGAAUGCUAAUUAGCAUUUUACAGUUAAUUGAAAUAACAAUUCAAACAUCGGCAACAUUCUUUUCACUCUGAAUCUCCCAUUGUCAUGGGUUUCUUUAUCUUGUUACUAUGGAAAUUCUUUUUUUUUUGGGCUACUCCGUCCCUUGUGGCUUGUGAUUUAUUCCCAUGGAGAACAUUGUGCUUGCUGCUGCCUGUCCUUAUAACUAAAUAUUUAUUGCCACAAGAUCUUGUCACGCUAAGGGUGUAGAAAAGCACAGGCUGAGGCUGUCCUUAAAUGUUUCUUGCCCAAGGAAAAUGGCCUAGAUCUUUCAGUGUCUGGCUUAAUAUAAAUAUUCAUUGAUUGCACAAGUAAGAGGCUUCUCAAAAUUCAUUAAUUUUCAUAAAUCUGUUCAAGCCUAGGCAUGCUUAGUUAUUAAUGCUUUUGCUGAAGUAGCUCAAUGGACUGCGAGUUUAAAUGUUAUGCAUUUUAACUUUCCUAGUGUGUGUGUAGGGUUCUGUAAAAAGUGUUAAUGGUGUUGGUUGAAUCAUUUUAUACAGGUAAUUCAGAAGUGAAACUUCCACAUCAUCUGGUUUUGUGCAGAGCGGCUCAUUUUGUGUGCUAGGAGAAGCCAUUUUUGGUCACUGUUCAAAAGAUUUGACCGAAGACAGGAGGACUCCUUUGAUGACUCAUUGCACUAUAACCACUACGUGAUGGGUUCUAGUUGAGCAUUGUGUCCAUUUAAGACCAGUUGAGCAUAAAGGAAAAUGUAGAAUAUCUGAAAUGCCAAAGUUCUUAAUCACUGAUGUAGACUCUUGAUUGUUUUGGUAAUUUGCAGCUAACCAGCUGUUAGUACAGCUCUCAUUGAUGAACAGUUAUAGUUGAGUCUUGUCACACCCAGUUUUGGAGACCGUUUUGGGUGUAGCCCAGUGUUUUAGUCAGUCUGCCUUUUAGAGUAGAUAAGAUGGCUUAGUUGUGUGGAGGCUGGUUCAUAGAGAGAGGUGCUACAUUAUCUUAACAUGAUUUGUUUAUUGGGCAAAUGCAUUUUAACUUGUGGUAUUAAGUGACCCACUCAAAACUGAUAAUUUACUAUAUGCUAAGAUACUGUCUGGGAUGUGCCUUUUGUUAGACACUUUCCAUUGUCUGGGGUUCUCCUUUGUACUGUAAAAUGCACUGUUUAAGUAAACUAUUUAUUUCCGGAGACCUUAACCUGAAUAUUCAAAUGUGCUCUGCCAUUGCUUAUUUAUUAAAGACCGAAUUCUCACUACUUCAUCUUGUCUUGUAAGCUACUUACCUGUAGGUACAGGUAAAACACAAAAGUACCUGCCUGUAAGUAAUUAAAAUUACUAGACUGCUGAUCAUUAUAAGUAGGAAAUAUGUUAUAGGCAGUAUACGUGAGAAGGUGGUAACCAGUGGCUCUGGAUCCAUUGUGGCAACACACUUAAAUAAUCAGAAUUACUGAAGAUAUUAAAUUGUCCUUGUGAGAACAAAACUACAUACUUACGCUGACCUUACCUUCAGAUAGUGAUGAAUGUCUUACAGCAGAGCCUUUGGUAGUUUUAAUAUCCUUUUGCAGCUUGUUUUAUCUGCAGAGAUAUUAACACCAAUCCCAGCAUAUAAUUCAUAAAUAUGACAUCAAUGGAAAGUCAGGAAAGCCACUUAUGUGGAUCUAGGUAAGGAGACCAUGUAAAUAUAUAAGCCAAAGACUUGCCACAAACAGGCUACCUUAUUAUAUUAUACAGGAUGGCUCCACAGCUUAAAGCCAUAUAUUGUCUGGAAGGUCCAGAUAGGAAAAUGCCUAGAAGAAUCCCUGUGAAUAUCAACACAUGCAAGAAGUAGUGGGGCUUUAUGUUCAGUGAUUUUCCUUAUUGUUCUGGUAUUAAGUGUUGUAUUGCAUGGAAUGUUAAACCUGGUCGAAUGGUCUGUGGACUAAAAAGAUCUUUCACUGGCAAUUGAAACAUUUGGAAAACCCAGCAUCAAAAUGACAUGGAGAAUAUGAGCCUAAGUGCAAACUUUAUUGCAGAAAAUAAAUUAAAAUGUUUCUCCUGACUAACUUACAUGGGGAAUUCCUGGUAAAUUCUGAAGAACCAAGAGCAUGCCAUCCUUGACAAACCUUACAGGCAUUGCCAAGCAUUAUGGUCCACAAGGGAUCAGAUAGCAGAAUACUGAAUAUAACAAAUGGCAUAUUCUCUCAAUUAUACAGACUAUGCUUUGCUAAAAUUCACUCUGUUAUAUAGGAAUUUCUAAACCAACUCUAGGCGCUGAGCCAGUAACCUGACUAAAAAUUAUGAACCAUACCUGGAGUAGUAGAUUUUGCAGAGUAGAAUCUUGCAGACAUUAAAAAUGAUUACUAAAGUUAACUGGUGAUACCAACUCGAGUAUUUUAAAUCAUCUUGUAAAUGAAAGUCAAAUUUAAUUUGACAUGGUAAAGCAUACCCAUGAAAACAGUCAGGUAAUUGUUUCAGAGAUAUAAAGUGACACUGUCUCCAUAGCAACGCAUAUACUAUGAUUGAGUCAGAUAAAUUAAGUAUAUUCUCACAGCACUUCAUACAGAUAUCACUCAAAAAUACAGAAGAUGUAAUUAAUAGCAGCCCACACACAAAGCUUAUGUUAGACUUCUAUACUUGAGUUGUCUUCAGCACCUCAUACACAAGAUUUAAAUUAGUCUUAUAUUGCAGCUGUAUCUUCAUAUCAUUCACAUAUACUGUGGCUGUGUCUUUAAACUAAUACAGAGAGCAGAUAGUGGACCUCUAUCCUGAGGUUGUGCUUCACACCAAGUUAUACAUAGAUCAUAGAGUAGACACCUCAUUGUAACUGAUACAUAGAGCAUGUAGUGGGCACAUACUGAGGCUGUGCUUUACCCUAGCUCAGAUACUGAGGCUAUAGUGUCUUCAGACCAGUUCAUACAGAGAGGCUAUUUUGGUCUCCAAAACAGAUUUAGAAAUAUUGCCUUCGACUAUCUGAAAGAAGCCUUGCUAUGUGCUAAAAUGCACAGAUAACUGCUACGAUAAAUUUCUAUAUCAAAGCAAUGUACCUAGACUUGUGUUCAAACACUUAACAUAUUGAUUUUUUAUUUAUUUUUUUAAAGCAUACACACUAGAGUAGAGCAUUUUACUUACUGGGCAGGUUUCUAAUUUGUGACAGAUCUUUGCAUUUUCUCUAAGGCUUUGUAAAAAAUUGACUAUUUUAUUUGAAGCAGUCUUGUCAUGUGUUUAGUAUGUCUCUGGACUGAGGAAGUUAUUUUUCAUUUUCUUCUUUCCAUAAACCAUGGCAGUUACUGUUAGACUGGUAUUGCAUCAGACAUGCACUCCCAGUUCACUUCAGGAACUUACACUUUGCCAGAAAUCAUCCUUUUACGGAAUGUUCUGUCACACAUCUCAUGUUUUUUGUAGAACUACAACAACCAUGAUGCUUUGCCAGCCUGGCCAGAAGGUUAGAUCCUCCACCAGUUCACCUGCUGGGUAUCUGCAUUUUGCCUACAGGUGACCCUAGGUUUAUGUUUUGAAUGCUUUCUUUAACAGCAUGGACAGGCUGAAGUGCAUCAGAGUUUAAAAUGGAUACAAGGGUUACAUAUAUCCAUUGUGGACCUCAUUUGAAUAUGCAAAUAUAGCACAGACAUGUCUGUAAUUAGUGUUCAUGUGUACUGUAAAUCUGCAUUCAUUCAUUUUUUUUAAUUUUUUUUUAAAUGGGUCUGCUGACUUGUUUGGGUUUUGUGGUUUGUUACACUGCUGACUUCACUGUUCCUGUCGUGUCUGGUUUUGCUUUAGGUUAGCCAUCAGAGAGAACAAGGCAUUUAUACUAAAACUGUUAUUUCAGCUAUACACAGGGCUCGUCUUGCUUUUUCAUUGCAUGUCUGCAAGUGUAUGGCAGUGAGAAUUAAAUGGUUAAUAUCAUUUAUAAUUUUUUCUCUCACAUGUAAUAUGUGCUAGUGUGGGGAGUUUCGUCCCCCCUCUUUCUCCCAGCUGUUUUCCUUCUUCAGAAUUGCUGUUUUACCUGAGUAUCAGGAAGCGCAUAACUCUCUGCAGAGGCACGAACACAUUGUAGGGCUAAGGGGAGGAGGGAUUUCUAACUAAGAAUCCAUUCUGUUCCAUCUCUCUUUCACGUAGCUAUUGCCAGUGCAAGAUUUAUCACAUUUUCUAGUAAAGAGGAGGGACUCUGUUUAACAGAACUAAUGUGAGCGGCACAAGCAGAUGUAAACUGAGAAUUAAGGUUCAUCUUUUAGAUUAGCUGGAGUGGUGCCAAAAAUGCUUAACGCCAAUAUCUCUCCUAAGCAAUGCAGUCUACACAUCUGUAAUUGAUAGGAGUAUAUUGAAAGGGAAAUUGGUUGUUGGGAGGGAUUCUGUCGCUAGAAUUACAACAAAAGCCAAAUGAUGCAUUCUAAAUCGUUGAUGUGCUGGCCAAAAAAAGAAACAAAACUCUACCCAAUGUGUUUUGGUCCUGAAGUUACUGCUAUUAAUUUAUGCUUUCGUUUUGUUUGUAAAAGUUUUCUGCUUUCCUAUUGAAAAUGUACUGAUGGGAUUCAGUAAUUUGAACUGCUUUCUUUCCUGUUGAAUUUACCUUUUUAAUUUAUAUUAUUUUCCACAUCUAAACAGUCCUCACCAAAGAUAAUCUUAGGAAAAUGUCAUUUGCUGUGUGUGCAUGGAAAUCAAAACUACAAUUUAUUCCAGUCAUCUUUGCAAUAAACAGGAAGGAUACAAGAGGCCCUCCUUGCUUGCAGAUCACUCCAAGAUCUGCAAUCGCAAUAUAUUCUUCCUGGUAAAACACUUUCAAAAUAAAUGCAUCUCUGAGGAACGUUCAGCGUUAUUAUGCAGAGCGUCGAGACACUGUGCAGCACUGAACUAGGAAGCACCUCUAGUGGCCGUCUGAGUGACUGCACCUAGAGGUGAUACUAGGCAGCAAUGGAAACACCAGAACCACUACUUUAAGCUGUAGUGGUUCUGGUGACUAUAGUGUCCCUUUAAAUUUAUUCUUCUAUCUAGGCCUUGACCUAUUAAUUUAUCACAUAUGAUGAAGCCAAGCUACUCAAGGGAAAGCACACUUCUUAAUGAUCUCUGGCUUAAUUUCACUCCCAAUGUGAUGCUUUCCUGGUAAUUGGCCACCCUGCUUAGAUGCAGGAAACAAUAGAAAAGGAGGGGGCGGCACUGCUAGUAAAUGGACUCGAUUCACUUUUUUGUUUCCUCAGUUCUUUCAAAUGUCAGAUUGACUUUGCCAAGUAGCAUUUUAGAAUGACAAGUUUUUGGCUCACUUGUUUCCCAAUGUUGAUGGUCUUAGUAUUUUUUGUUUUACGAAUAUAUUAAGCAUUGCCUGCCUUAUGGUGUCAUACCUUUAUUAUUGCUUGCAUUUAGUAUAAACAUGUGUUAAGGUCAGGUUGCUUAUAUUAGUGAGUUGUAGGUUUGGUUUGGCAUAGUUCAUGAAGGUGUUUGCAGGUGAAAUACAGUUUUUGUUGUAAGCACUAUUUGUCAAGUUUUGUAUUGUAUCGAAUGUAUUGUACCUGUUGUCUUUUUACUUGUACCAAUUAUAUCCAUGCACAGCGCUGCAGAAUGUGUUGGCACUUUAUAAAGUAUAAUAAUAAAAUGGUGUCAUUAAAAUGAGUCUCUGUGCAUGUAGUGUCUCUUUAAGUAGACUCUGUAUCCUUGCCAAAACAAUGGAUUUUGUUGUGUAUCAUUUCCUGUGUUCCAGAGGGGCAGCUGUUUAUCUAUAGAGAUAGGUAAUUACAUAAGCUCUGCCCAUCAACUUUAAUGGCUGACAUUCUUGGUGGUCUAAGAACAUCUGGUGACAACCAUCUUAUUGUUGACACACAGCUAGUGUGUUGAAUCCUUAAUGAGUCUUUUUAGUCUGCUCAUUCACAUAGGGGUUGGGUGAUUGUCAUUAUCUUCUAGAGUGACAAAACGGCUACAUAAGAAAAACCCGCAACUCCUUAACGGGAUGCACAUCAAAGUAACUGAAUUCUGCUGUAAUACAGCACAUUGGAUAGCAGAUGUCUUACAUGAGUGUUUUUUUUUUUAUUUUUUUUUAAAUACCUGGACAUAUCAUCUUUCUUUAAGGUGGCACUUUCACUUGAACAAAAAAAGCUAAUUCUGUGUGAUAUGUCCACUUGUGUGGUGGGGGAGGGAGUGUAUCGAAGGAGAUAUAUUUACUGUUCUUUUUACUACAAUAUCCAUCUUUAUUUCCGGGAAGUCUAACCUGCCUAGGUCCUGUAAAUUUUGCCUAUUCUGUAGCAACAGUCAGAAUUGUGCUGAAAAAGAUUUGGAAAAAGAUUAUUUAAAAAAAAUCCAUUGGCAUCUGUUUCUCAGUGCUUGGUUGAUGGGCAGAGCGUCUAUAAUCACAUUCUACCAUUGCCAUUUCCCAAAAAUUAGUAGGUCCGAUCUACAUGAACUAAAGUACUCAUUGCGUUCUCAUGUGUAUAUUGUGACAGAGAUUGUAUCUCUUUGAAAAAGUCUAAAAUGACAGUGCUACUUUAAUAGCAAUCUUUGAAUGAUAAACUCCCAUAUUUUACAAUUGGAUGCGUGCUUUUAUUAAACUCUUCAAGCCAGUGAAGUACAUGCACCAUCGGUAAUACCUAUUCUGACUUCUGUCCAGACAGGGUGAAGUAAGAAAACCCUUUUUCUGAAGUUUAGUAUCAGUCAGAUGGUUAUCGACUGCUGUGGGAUAAAGGGCUGAUUCAUUGUGCUGACAGUCAGUGCUACUCAUGUAGGACUAGAUUCUAUUACAAAACUAUGUUCUGGCAAUUAAACAGCUCUUCCGUUAACCUCUAUAGUGUAAUUGCUGUUGCAUUAUAUGCUCCUCUUUUAUAAUAGAAUGUAGCCCGUAGUAUCCAUCCAGUUUCAGGAUUACACACCUACCUACCACUUUGUCUUUACUCUGAGCUCCUGUAAGUCUACUAGAAAAACCACACGCAAGUGCUGUCCUGACAAAUGAUAAUAUUGCCUUAAUCUCAAAUAAAGUGACCCGCUGCUCCCUCAUCGUAAAAAAAACAUUUAAUUGACUGUUAUGACUUUAGUCAGAGGAGAGCAUUAUCAUCUAAUCCUUUAAUAACCGGUUAAUGCUGCAUUUCUCUGGCACACAAUGUGCACGGGACAUGUUUGUUUUAACAAUAAAAUUAAACCAAGAACUGACACUCCAGGCUACAUGAAUUCCACCACUUGGUCUUCAUGAUGUUGGCCUAUACUACAGUAGGUGACAUGAGGUGACCUCCACUCAAACCCACUUACACUGUCAUGACAGGUUCACUUUAACAUGUAACUGCUAUGUUUACAUUAGUGUUAAUCCAGCCUCUAGUGGCUGUCUCAUUGACAGCCGCUAGAGGCACUUCUGCGCUUCUCACUGUGAUUUUCACAGUGAGAAGACGCCAGCGUCCAUAGGAAAGCAUUUAAAAUGCUUUCCUAUGGACGGACUGAAUGCGCACGCGGCUCUUGCCGCGCAUGCGCAUUCAGCUAAUGACAUCCAAAGGAGGAGGAGAGUCCCCGGCGCUGGAGAAAGGUAAGUGUUUAACCCCUUCCUCCAACUUCAGCCAGGAAAACGAGUUUGUUUUCCUGGCAAUAUAGUUGUUCGAAACUUGCAACUGGGCAGCCAUUGUCUAUUUAAUAAGAGAAAAGGGUGGACAACCUAAUGUUGUCCCCCUCGUCCCCAGCAGUGGUUAGUAUUAUAAUAUAAGGGAAGGGCAAUACAUUGGAAGUGGGUAGGGGCCCUAAUUAUCAGAUUCAAGGGAAGGGACUUAGUUCUCUCCUUCCUGCCCCACCAAAUGGUGUAAAGUGGGAGCCCUAAUUAUCAUAUUUAAGGGGGAACCUUCUAACUUUCAGCCCCCAAAAAUCAUCAAAUUAAAAUUCAUAAUUCCCAACGCAACUAAUGAAAAUUUUUAAAAAACAAAAACAAACCCUGUUUUUUCACAGACCCCUUCCUAAAGGGCAGUUGGUAUUUAAAACUAUCAUUGACUUGCAAAAAAGCAAAUAAACGAUCAUGCCUGAUGCAUGUGUUUUAGAAGCAUUACUUUGCGGUUAUUCUGAAUCCUAUACAAAGUACCAGUUUUCAUAAAAUUCGAAACCACGUGAAAGCACAGAUUUUAAUGCAGACUCCAAAUGAAUCCAGGCGAUUGCUGCACAAUCACUUGGGCUGACCGUAUUUAACGUUAGUAAAUAUGAGAAUUGCUGUAGUGGUCAGAAUUCAGUAAUUUUUCAGUCAUUUACACAGAAUUUUGUCCAUCCGGACAAAGUUUGGCGUUUAGUGAAUAAUCCUGUGAGAGCUGAUUUUGGAGUUCGUCUAUAAAACCAGCAUUAAUGGUUACUCAGUAUGGUCUCCAUUUUACAAAACAGCUCAGAUGUUGCUAAAAAUUCACCUGUGAUCAGCUGAUCAAGUUCCCCUUAGUGUCUACAUACACCGGACUUGCAAAAUUUCACAGGUGGUUUUUGAAAACUGCGUACACCAUACUUUUGGGGAAAGCCCCCCUUCUUUAUAUUGAGAGCGUUUACAAUCCUUAACUUGCCCUUCUUUUUACUCAUAGGAGGGGCAAGUAUAAUUUAACAUGGUAACCAGAUGCCACUUAGAAUUUGGUAACUCCUAUUAAUGUAUAUAUGGGAGACUGCAGAAUGUUCAUCCACAGCCAAAUACCAGGCAUUAAACUCUUUAGUUUUCUUAGAAAGGAAACUGCUGUCAAAGAUAGUGACAGAUUACUGACUUGUGGCUAACUGAUUGCCCCAAGCUAUCUACUGGUUUAUACAUAAAUAAAUUUGGUUUCUUUCUUAAAGCUUCCUUCUAAUAGGAAAUGCUUAAUCAUUUGACCUGGAUGGGGUAGAUGACCUCGUGACCUUGGUCAGCGAUCUUUGUGCUUGAUUGAGUAGUCCGUGAAUUGAAAACCUAAUUUGCAAUACUUGGCACAGACCUUUCUAAAAUCAUAAUUACAUGUUGGAUUUUUUUUUUUUUUUUUGUUUUCAUCCCCUGAAGCUAUGUACUAAAUUUAGAAAAUUUGGUUUAGAUCAGUGGGAAGAAAAGCAAAAUACAAUCUGGGUAUUUCCAAUGAGACACUUUAUUUUAAACAAACGAGGUUUCCUGAAAAAAAAAAAUAAUAAUUUCUAUUUUGUAUCAAACCUUUUGUUUUGAAUGAUUUCACACCCAUUUUUUUUGGUGAUCUCUUGAGUGGAUAAUAAAUAGUAUAAUGCUGUUCUUGGCGGUGAAUUAUAAGUUUUACGUGGAUUUAAAAAUCUAUAACUCUGUUAAAAUGAUAUCAUGUCUUUUUGUUACAGGAAUCUUUUGUGUGCCUUUAGUGGAGCAAAUCAGCAGAGAUAUGCUGGGGAUCAUACUACCACUGGAGACGGCACUACUGGGGAUCAGAUGAAGUCCUUUGCCAUGAUGUCCUUGGAGAGAAAAGCACUGAAGCUUGAGGAACAAGUGCAAGACUUAAAAGUGAGUAAUAUUUACACCCUUCUACCGAAUUAUAGGUGUUUUAUUUACCAAACUCAGACUUUCAGAUCGUAAAUCUGGUGCAUAAGUAGCCUACAUUUGAGUCAGAACACUUGUGAAAUUCACUCUAUUAGGAACAGAUUUGGUUUCAUAUGUUAGAGGAACACUAUAACGUUACGAAUAAUAUGUAUUCCUAAUGCUAUAGUGACCUGUUGGCCAUUAGGUCAUCACCCCCCCCCCCCACCUGCAGAUAGUCAAAAAGGUAUUUUACUUGCGUUUCUCCCUCACAGCUCCGGUGUCCAUGGGUAAGCUCAUUGGAAUGGAGAUCAUUGGAACCUGUGAUCUAAGCCAAUCCAAUGCUUUUCCAUAGUUAAAGGAACAUUAUAGUCACCUAAAUUACUUUAGCUAAAUAAAGUAGUUUUAGUGUAUAGAUCAUUCCCCUGCUAUUUCACUGCUCAAUUCACUGUCAUUUAGGAGUUAAAUCACUUUGUUUCUGUUUAUGCAGCCCUAGCCACACCUCCCCAGGCUACGAUUGACAGAGCCUGCAUGAAAUAAAAACUGUUUUCACUUUCAAACAGAUGUAAUUUACCUCAAAUAAUUGUAUCUCAAUCUCUAAAUUGAACUUUAAUCACAUACAGGAGGCUCUUGCAGGGUCUAGCAAGCUAUUAACAUAGCAGGGGAUAAGAAAAUCUUAAUUAAACAGAAAUUGCAAUAAAGAAAGCCUAAAUAGGGCUGUCUUUACAGGAAGUGUUUAUGGAAGGCUGUGCAAGUCACAUGCAGGGAGGUGUGACUAGGGUUCAUAAACAAAGGGAUUUAACUCCUAAAUGGCAGAGGAUUGAGCAGUGAGGCUGAAGGGGGCAUGUUCUAUACACCAAAACUGCUUAAUUAAGCUUAAGUUGUUCAGGUGACUAUAGUGUCCCUUUAAGCAGUGGCAGACUAGUGUGCAUGCACAUGAAAACUUUGCGCUGCGCCAAUCAGUCUAGUUUUACUCUGUUUCAUGGGAAGCUUUUCUAGUGGCUGCAUAAGUGACAGCCUCUAGAGGCAUUUAAACCCUGCAAACAUAGCUGUUCUGUAGAAUGGCAUUGUUUACACCUGCAGGGUUAAAGCGGUGGGGACAUGGCUCUCAGACCACUUCAUUGAGAUGCAGUGGUCUGGGUGCCUGUAGUGUCCCUUAAGUCUUCAUAUAUGUUAGUGGAACUCUCAGCUCAGACUCUUGGGAGGGCAGCAAACCUACAGACGUUUUUUGGAUCAAAUUUCUAAUAUAAACUUCAGUUCGUAGUGUCUUAUGUUGUAGUGUAACAUAAAUUAACAAGUUCUGGUGACGGUGUGAAAUAAAAGAUUUUGCAGUUUGAUAAUUGCUAUUGGUGUUGUAAUGGGAUUUCAACGUGGUUCAAAAUUUAGUAGGCCUGAAAUCUCCAUGUGGCAUAUACAAGUACAGGUGUUUGUUGUAUCUUUUAUCUUUUAGUUAGUUAUAUGUAGCUAAGAUACUGUCAUCAAUGAGCAUGUGCAUCAACUGUAGUCAAAUUACUUUGUCCUUAAAAGGAGUCAUAUGGUCUGCCCAUAUUAGGUGAUCCUGAAUAUCAUGUUCACUGAUUGGUCUAAGGAUAUGUGUGAGUGGAGCUAUGAAUGGGAGGAGUUAUUGUUAAUAAAUAGCCUGUGCAAACUAUGCUCUGGGCUCAUACCUUUUGAACAAUGUUCCGUGUGAGACCCGAUCGGUGUGUAAAUAAAAGACCUGUUACUUCCUGAAGACUUGUGUCCAUAUCUCUGUGUGGCUUCUGCGGUUUGUUCAGGUUAUUCCUCUGGUAACAGUGUAACCAAACUGCAAAUGAUUAUCUGCUAGCUUCAGGAUUACAGUAAUGUCAUAUCAAUAUUUAUAAGACAAUCUUUAAUUUAAAUAGGUUUUGUAGUAAAUAGCACUUGUAUUGUCAAUUGAGUUAGAUACAUGCAUAGUACAGACAAUAAAUUGGUCAUGGACAUAGGAAUAAUAAAACAAUCAUUAUUUGGACAACCUUUUGUGUGGUUUUUGUUAUAAUUCUAGAACUGUGAAUUGGUCCUUUCUAAAGGUUUCUAUCACCAUUUCCUUUCCUAGGAGAGGCACAGGAUAGCCAUGGCUGACUCUGAAAACGUACGGAAAAGAACACAGAAGUACGUUAUGGAUGCAAAACUGUUUGGUAAGCAGACUGAUUACAUCGCAUGUCUGUAGCAAAAUAUUCUAACUCUGCCAUUCAUAACUGAGCUCUACAUUUAGUGAAGUUAAAGAAUUACCAAAACCGUGGUUCACGAACAAUUUUUAAAAGAUUGCUAAAAAUCUCCCAAAAUGUUAGUCAACCUGUCAAAUGAUGGUUCCUCGUGGUGGUUCUUCCAUCGCUUCCCUAAAACACUACACAAUCCCUUACUUAUGUGAAGUGCACCCCCUUUUUGGUUUUUGACUCUAUUUCCCUAUCCAUCUGCCAUUUUCUAAGGAAUGGCACAUGUGAACAAAUGUACAGUUAUAUGAGGUUUGCAAGUUAUCUUGAGCAACACGAUAUUUAUUUUAAAAGACAAAAAAAGUGUAAAUUUUUUUGUAAGGAAAAAAAAUCAGACAUAGGACACUUAUGUAUUAAAGUUAACAUUGCUUGAUUUCAGAUAUAAUUUUUGAUUGGAAGCUAGUACACAGAACAAGCACUUUUUUUUUUUUUUUUAUUCUUUAUUUUUCAUUGUGCAGGAGGUAACAGAACAUUUAACAAUGCCACAACGGCAUGCAUAAGAACAGUUAGAACACAGUUUUUCACGUUUAUGGCAUGUAAACAUCGGCACAUUUUUAUAAUAAAAUUAUAAACAAGCUAUGCAUACGUUUGUUUGUAAGUUAUAGCAGUUUAAAGUUGAUUAGAAAUCUAAGCAUGUUAGACGUGGUGAGUAGCAUGCCAGAUGUGCUAAGUGAGUGUCAUGAGAGUAGGACACAGGUUAAGGACAUGAGUGUAAUUAAGCAUAUAACUGCGGAACAGUCAUAAAUACAAUAGGAACAGUAAUGCCUGUGAUUUAGAUUAAAUAUUCCUCAUUAUACCGUGACGACUUGGGUGUAUUAGGCAACUGCGUAAUAUAUCACCCGAGGAUGUACUAGGACAUUGCAGAGACACCCUCACUACCCUGUCACUUAUGCAAAUGCAGUUUCUGCUUCAUGGCACAGCAUAGGGGUAAAUACAUGGCACGGGCCAGGAGGAAAGAGUAAAACACCAUUGCGACAGGUUACUCCGCCAUGGUCCCCAAUGGCAUAUCUCGUUGCCAAACAUACGUGGUACAUAUAAACGCAUUUUGCUUAUUGGCUUGUAGGCAUUAUAGGCUUAUCUCGUAGAGGUCUCCAGUUAGGUGGGUCUCUGUUUAGGAGGCUGCAGAGUGGUUAACACAGUGUCCGUUGUGGCAGAGGUUUGGGGUAUGUGCCUCUGAGAGUCCAGCCUGAGUGCUCGCUGUCAACCUAUGCCCAGCAUUGGGAAUGUUGAUAGGGGUACUUGGCAGUCCUUUUGGGGCAUAGGUAGGGAUCUUGUCGCUGGUUUUUGUGGCCGCUGGGAUAAGGCAAAGUUUAGUUGCGCUAGGUCCGAUGCUGGGCCUGGUCGCUUGUCGCUGUGGGUACCUGUAGUGUUAUUGUAGGUAGUUGGUGCUUUGGUCCUGGAUUCUGGAACUCCCCUUGGCGUUGACAGGUUCUGGUGCCCUGAUGGGUGUUUGCUUCUUGAAGGUUGCCUGGCGGGGUUUGGUGCCGUGUGAGGAUGAGGUGGGACCUGCUUGUCCCUGCGGGUUAUCAGCGCUGUUUUGGUCAGACACUUGCGGGUAUGCGGGUGAGGUCUCCGUCUGCGGCGCCAUCUUGUGGGUGCCUCCGAGCGGGGAACAGCGUGGCUGUGGCAAGCACGUGCGGGUCCGUCUCUGGGUAAGGUCUCUUGUAUGUUGACCUGUCGUUCUCUGAGUGCUAGUUGUGCCCAAAAGGCGUCGAAGAUAGCGUCUAGCCUUUUCAGGACAUCGGUCUCCGCUCUGCCGCCAUUGCAGUCGCACGUGGCGUUUGCCAUUGUGUGGGUCUGUGCGGCUGGGAGCUGCUUGUUAGGCUCCGCCAUCCGCAUCUGCCGUAGCCCUUCCGUCUGGCGGGGUUGGACCGGGAUAACCCCCGCCGGUCCUGUGGGGGGGGAGCGGGUGAUCAGUGGCACAGCGCGCCCAGUGUGGAGGCGAGGAGAGCGGCUGCCUCCCCCCAGCCCCAUCCACCGCGGGCCGCCUUGGGCCCCUUCAGGCUUGUGCUUGUGGGAAUUACUUGAGUUCGAUAUCAGGCGAUUCGCCAGGGUGCCCCCAGCGUGGGUAGCGUACCCCGGCAUCUUUUUAGUGAGUAUAUCCCCCAAAAAACGCUUUGGCAUUGGGAGCUCCUCUGCCAUGCGACCGUCUAGUUUGCAGGUCAGGCCCCGCCCCCCAGAACAAGCACUUUUAAAACCUGCUUUGGAUUGUUUUAACUAAAUUUUGUCCUUUAUAUCUAGCCAUAUAAAUUUCAACCACAUAAUAUGACGAUUAUGUCAACUUCAUAGUUCCACUGAAAUCUACCAGAAAUCGUAUAUUUUAAUUUAUCUUUGCCUGAUGGCAUGUGCCUUCUCAAAAUGAUAGUUGGAUAUUGAUGCAUGUAUCUGUGUUCACAUCUUUGCUCUUUAUUUUGUGGCAGCCCUAUUUGUAAUUUUUGUGGUGCCUAUAUGUUUGGCAUACUUGGCAGACAUUUAUUUUAACCGUGUAUACAUUUGUUAUCAGCUGUUUGACUUGUUGCACAAUGUAUAAAGAGCGUUUCUAUCACUAUAAACAGUAUACGUCAAUCACGGCAGAAUCCGUUUAAGAAUGAAGUAAAUUUAUCAGUCAAGUCACAGCCAUGGUAUUAUUUGGUUUUCCUGGAGAGAUGUUCUACAGACCGUUCUAAACAGUUAUGAAUGUAAACUUUGAGAGUACAUUGGCCUGGUUCCAGGCAAUGGAGGCUGUUUGCCAACACAAGCUCAACUAAUGAAGACCUAUAUUGGUCUCCUGUACCCAUUACUUGACCACAAUAUAUCUUGUCAAUAUGUGUCUUUCUUGUGCUUUCUUUUAAAAUAUAUGUAUAUAUUACGUGUAUAAAAAAAGUAAAUAGGAGAAAUCUGUAAAAAAGCAAAUGUAAUUAUUAUUUUUUCUAUGAAGUUAAAUGGAGCUAAUGGCAAACACAAUAACCUAUAUAAUGUGUAGGAACAUAGAUUGUGGUGCUCUUGCCUAAUUAUGGCAGUGAGAAUGUUUUGCAAAAAAUCUUUGUUGGUGUCUCUAUAUAAUUUGUUUGAGCUAUACAAUGGUUUAAAUUCUAUCAAUAAUGAAUUCUGGAGCUGCUUGAUCUUCAAGUUUUUCUAAUUUUGCCUUUUUUCUAGGGAUCCAGAGCUUCUGCAGAGACCUGGUGGAGUUGGCAGAUUUGGUGGAGGAUGCAGUGGCACAGGCAGCAAAAGAUGGGUUGAAUGAUAUGACUGAAGUCCUGUCACAAGUGGAUGGAAAGCUGCAAAGCAUCUUCACGAAACAUGGACUGGAGAAGAUGAACCCCAUGGGGAGUACAUUUGACCCCUAUGACCACGAAGUGGUUUGCCAUGUGCCUGCUGAGGGGAGAACACUUGGCACGGUGGCAAUGAUUAAGCAAGAUGGGUACAAGCUGCAUGGCCGAACGAUUCGCCAUGCACAUGUUGGACUUGCAGUGGAGUCACCAGAGUGACAAAUGUCAUACAUUUUCUAUCUUCACCUGAAAAACCUUUCUAUUUAUGGUGUUUAAUAGUCCCUCUAGAUAAUUGUUUACUCCCCCCACCAACCUAUGUUUUAGUCUUAUUUUAAAUUCAGCCUUGGUACUCCAUGGAAGUUGCCAUAUGUUGCCAAACACCUGGAGUGCCUUAUCUGAACCUCAUGUACGUACGUGCAGGUUAUAUCUCGGCUCAUUCAGCAACAUACACAACAAUUUUUCGCUGCAGUUAUGGAGUGUGGCUUUUUGUUUAUUAUCCACACUGUUUUACUCUUGCCAAUUCAAACAAACUUUAUUUUAACUGGACAGAGAAACCAAUCUGUUCUGUUGACCUUUAUCUAAAAGCUUACCACCAGGUCCUGUUCUAGAUGCAGGUGAGAAAUGUAUUCUACAUCACGUAGAUCUGGCUUCCUAUGAUGGGGUCCUCUUUUUAUUUGUUUUCCAGGCAGGUGGAAGAUCAUAUCAGGGCAUCACAAAUACAACUUUUAGUUUUGGUUGCCUAUGCUCAAAUGAAACCUCUGCAUCACUGUCAAGAUCACAAGGUCUGGUGCGGUGCUCAUUAGGUGCAUGCAAAGUACCUUUUUCCAUUACUUAAAUGGAAAAAUACAUUAGCCAUUCUACCAUUCUCAGUUAAAUGAAAAAACAAAAAAACAAUUUGUAUCACAGUGGAUAACUUGUGUACACACACACACACAGAACAUUUUUCAAUGUGAUGCAGCGACAACGCUGCUUGUUUUGGCUGUAUGCCUUUCAUUGAAUUUUGUGUAUUUUUCCCAAGUGGGACACAUCCAACUGACUUUAUCAUACUAUUUACAGAUAUGCAUCUUCAUGAACACAAACUAGUUUCCUGAUCGUGUUUAAGGUGCUGAAACGAACUCCUUUCAUUUGAGAUCAUAAUAUUUUAGGCUCGGUUAACAAGUGUCUACUGCCAGAAAAGGGAGUAAGAUUAAACUGUUUACAUUUAAUUGGCAAAAAAAGAGAAGACUCCAUGAGAGCAUUUGUUUGUAGCUAAUGGUUUGUUGCUUACAAAUAAUUAACAUAUCUUAGAAUUACAUAUAAAUGUGUACGCCUCCACCAGCAAACAUUUCAAACAGAUCUCCACUGCAACAGAGCGGUUUCUGGUUUCUAGCGCAAAAAGACACAGGUCAUAAAUAGUUUAGUAAUUUUAUAUUGUUACUUUUAUUGCAUUGUCUUCCAUAUACUAUCUUUGUUCUUGUUUGUGUUUUUUAUUCCAUUAAUUUAUUUUUAUGUUUAAAUAUUUCAUUCGAUCAAUGGGCCUAAUAAAGUAGUAGAUGGUUACGAGACUUGUAGUAGUUUGUGUUCCUUGAUUCAAAGGAUGUACCUUUAUUUCCUCUUUGUAUAAAACAAAUUAAAACUGUACCAAACUUAUUUAACGGAGUUGUAUGUGCUCUGACCUGUGAAAGGCACAGCUAGAUGAUAAUUCAAGAUUGAUUUUAUGUGUUACUUAUUCAAUCUACCUCGUAUAUAUGUUUCCAACAAACAUUUUCUUGUCAUGGAGACUUUUUUUAUGGUGUGAAUACGGUUUGCCAUUUAAUUGACUCUAAGGGCUACAGUUGAUGUUUCAUCCCUCCCAACACCCCCUCUUAUUAUUGUACAGCAAUCACCUCAUGUAUUCAGGGAGGUUAAUAAGGAGUUAUGGGACUGUUAUUUAAUUCAGGGGUCAAAAAAUGUUUUUUUCACUUGUGUGGCUUAUAAAAUAAAAUAUUGUUUUCAAUGUGAA